GACCCUCGCGGGACUCAUAGCGCUCAAGAUGCUGCAUGCGAAGGGCCAGGUGAUCGACCCGUUCUACCCGUGGGGCCCCGAGAGGACCCUGAGGGAGCUCGCCAACGACGGGGUGAUCGUCUUGGGGAUGCGCGACGUCUUGGGGCUGGGCCUCCUGAUCUUCCUCGGGCCGGCCGUGGUCGCAAGGCGUUAUUGGAGACCUUUGCCGGCAAUGCUAACCUCGCUGGAGCCCUUCAUGAAAGAGGCCUUCGAGUUCUGCCCCCGGUGGACAUCAAGAUGGGCCCCCACUGUGACCUCACACUUCGGAGAGUCCAGCGUCUGGUGCUACAUUGGCUCGAGAGUGGCGAAGUUUGGCAAGCGCGACCCCUUGCCUGUGGACCGCGUCCUGGUCUCGUUCACUGUCCGCGUCCUACGGCUGUGCAGGCGGCGUGGGAUCUUCGCGACCUUCGAGAAUCUACCCGCUAGCCGCGUCUGGCGCUGGCCCGCGCUCGAGCGGGAGCUCCAGCGCCUCGAGUAUCCCAAGGUGCCGUUCGACUCGCGCAGGUUCGGGGCCCCGUUCAAGAAGCCGGGCGCGAUCGCAGGCAGCUUGCCAGGCUUGGAGGCCUUGGGGCUUCGCUGCGGCUGUGCCG